AGCCUCGCUGCUCUCAGUCUCCGCUCAGUGCUUCGCAAAGCAGCUUCUCUUCGCUGUUCCCUCCCUCCGACUUUCCCGAUCCGUCGGACUGAGCCGCCGGGAGCCGGCGCGGCCGCGUCCGAGGGGCUCGCUCGCCCCCAACCUCCUCUCGCGCCAUGCUGCCCUGGAGGCGAAGUAAGUUUGUGCUGGUGGAGGAUGAAGCCAAGAGCAAAGCCAAGAGCCUGGGGACCGGGCUGACCUACCACUCCAUCCUCUCCUCGCUGCUGCGCUCCUGCCCCGACCUGCUGCCCGACUGCCCGUUCGACUGGGUGGGCAGCAUCUUCCACACCAAGAGGCAAAAGGUGCAGCUGAACAAGGAGGACCCCGUGUACAGCGUGCGCUACCUGGGGAGCGUGGUCACCAUCACGGCCAAGGGCGACGGCUGCACCCAGGAGGCGGUGGCCAAAAUCUGGGCGAGGAGCAACUACGGGGACCAGAGCGUGAAGAUGCGGCUGACGGUGGGGCCGCAGGGCAUCCGCAUGAGCGCCGACAAGUCCGGCAAGAAGAAGCCCGUGCACCUGUACUCGCUGAACCGGAUCACCUACUGCGCCGCCGACCCGUGCCGGCCCAAGAUCCUGGCCUGGGUCUACAGGCACCAGGUCAAGAACAUGGCGGUGGUGCUCCGGUGCCACGCCGUGCUGGUCACCAAGUCGGAGAAGGCGCAGGCCAUCGCCCACAGCCUGCACCAGAACGCCAGCUCCGCCUUCAGCGAGUUCAAGCGGCUGAAGCGCCAGAGCGACUUCCGGCACUGCCAGCAGCAGCUGCUGGGCGAGGACGCCGUGCCGCUCAUGCCGCUGAGGCGGCUGCUCAACGGCCAGUGCCACUACCGGCCGCCGGCCGACAACCCGGGGAGCGCCGCUCGCCUCUGCUCCAUCACGGAGGAGGAGGAGGAGGCGGAGGAGGAGGAGGAGGGGGUGACACGGGGGCCAGAGAGGGCGGGAGAGGAGCAGCGGGAGAAGCAGAAGGUCUUCACCACCAACACCGACCCCACUCAGCUGCUGUCGGAGCUGGACAUUGGGGACAUUGCCCGACUGGAGCAGUGCCAGAUCAACUUCGUCGGCGACGGCAACAACAACACGUUCACGUUCAUAACUUCCCUGGUGUGACCGCGACGGGGCUGUGAAGAACUGAACUCUGCAACACAUUCCUCACCCCUCCCGGCCCCCGUGCACCCGAUGUGAAGUGUUUACCAGAAACCCCUCCUCCUACCGGGGGGAGGGGGGGCGACAGCCGAGCAGUGGGCCGGCGGCGCCGCGGGACCCGCUCCGAGCCCGGCGGGACCUCUGCUCAGACCGUAGCAGGUCGGCCAGCGAUGCACAAGACCAGAACCAUAGCACAAUGACGAACGGGGACAGUGUGUUCUGUGUGCCAGUGUGUGACUGUGUGUCACGCGUUGAUCCUGGCAGGAUGAGCACAUUAGUCCUCUAGCUCUUAAUAUUGUGAGUAUAACUGACGCGGCGUUGACAGCAGGUACAUUUUUCCAAUAGAUUUGUAAUAUUUUUUCAUUGGGGUUUCUCUGUAAAUGUGUUUCAAUUUUGUAAUAUGACAAUCUUUCCUGAUGUUGUUCUCAGUCUGACCUUUCUCAUAAUGGCAGGACUUUAAUAAGGUUUUACUAAUGAUCACGGCCGACUAAUGAAUAAGGCGAUGAUUUAGGAAGCAAGCCAUUGAGCGGACAUGUUUAUUGCUGCCAUUUGUUACAAUCCUUAUCAUUUAUGCAUGACGUGUCAGCCGUAACCUUUCUAGCUCAGCUUUGGUCACGUGACGUCCUUGAUCCUACGGCGUUUUCAAAAUCAACACUGUGAUAAAUGUGCUUGACUCAUGGAUGUUCACGCGGCGGCGUCUGCUUUGUGUGAUGGGUUUUUAAAGACUGCAUCAGCCGUGGUGUCGUCCCGUUCACCGUCGCUGUGUUUGUGUUAGGCCCGUUUUGAUAAGAUGCUUUUUUCCACGCGAACCCUUGUAAAAAUGACCCCAGACGGACCCACACUUUGACAGAUAUUCCUGUUGAUAAUGUCUGUACGACUUGUUUCAAAAUGCAUUGUGAUUAUUAUGAGAUGAAGCUAUUUAUUUUCCAAGUAUGAUGAAUAAAAAUGACCCUCGCUAGGGUUUCCUCCUUCA